AGAGCAGCCAGCCAACACCAAGAACCCAGCAGCCAGCACCCAGCAGCCAGUCUCGGCUCAAGCCUCAGUCUCAGUUCCACUCUUCGUGGCAGAGUCGAGGCAGUUUUCGGUGCUUAAAGCUCUUAAGACUUUAACGCGACUUUAAUACAUACUGUACAUCCUUAUACAUCAGCGGCGUGCCUCAAUCCCAUCUUCGUCUUCGUCUUCGCCUCCGGUAACAACUGCUUCCGAAAUUUUAAAUUCACAAUGCGGCGCACACUUCGAUUGAUUCUGGUCCGGCUCGUCCUCGUCAUCCUGCUGCUGUCGACAUUGUGCCACACACAGCCCAGCUGCCAGACGCCGACGCCCGCCAAGAGCCCCGGCCAGUGUGUGCACUUCAGCGCCUGCCGCUUCGUCCUGCGCGAGUAUGCGAUGUACAAGGAGCACAUGCCACCCGCCGUGAUGCGGUUCCUGCAGAGAUCCCGCUGCAGGCCCAAGCGCGACGGCUAUCAUUUGUGCUGCGAACUCAAAGAUGUGAUUCCCGCGAACGCCAACUCGAAGCUGAAGUAAAUCAACUUCAAAGUACAUCAUGUGUGGCACACUCGUAUUUGUACUCGUAUCCGUGCAUGUGGGUGUCUGUGGAUGUGUGCUUUGAUCUGCCGGAUUGCUGAAGGCAGGAUUGUUUGGGAACACGGGUGCUGUGCCCAAAAUGUUAUGGUUAUGCGGCAGCGUCUGUAAUUAUAAUGUGUACACGAAUUAUGUAUUAAGUGCGCCUCGCCGUCUCGUCAGCCAAGGCAGCAGAUGCUGAGACACAAUAAAAAUGAAAAGUUUA